AUGGCACCAAUACAUACCUUAAAUAGUGGAUCUACUGUUGCCGAAAAUUUUCAAGGGCGUGGAUAUAAAUUAGAUAGCACUAGAGAACGUGAGCUUGAAUCUGAACAUAAUGAGUUACUCAUUAAAACCGAAUUUUUUGCUAAUAAAUGUUCCGAUUUUAGAAAUGCCAAAGUUUGUAAGGGACCAUCGUCGCCAUUAUAUACAGACUGUAUUGUUACACACUCCUUUAUGGUAGUAGGGAUGAGAUUUCGCGGUGGUCAUAAGUUUAAGAAAUCAGAUACCAUCACUCUUGAACCGGAGCCUUCUAAUACGUAUGAUAAGAAUGCGAUAAAAGUUAUGGUAGAUGGUAUCCAUAAAGCCUAUGUGGCAAAGGACGAGAAUGUAAGUAUAGGAGAUUUGAUGAAAAAAUACCCGAAUUAUCGGAUUACUGCUCAUGGGAAAAAGAACUAUAAUAAAUCAGCGUCUUUAAACCUUGAAUAUCCUUGGAUGGUUUGUGAGAGAUGUCGCGAUACGCUACAAGCAUCGAGGGACUAUGACUAUAGUUAUUGGUGA